UCAGGUCUCUUUGAAAACGAUGCAGACACACAUGUCAUCCACAACUUCACCCAGGAACUGGAUUUCAAAGAGCAAGAAGUGACCAACUUUCUCUAUCUGGAAAACGCGACGGCACUCCACUAUCGCAAAAAGCUUGACGCUGGGAUGAUAGACACACUACUCAAGAAACGCCUGCCUAUCGACGAUGCCACGGUCUUUGUAGGCCAGGGCGACAAGACCACAAUGUGGACAUGGCCUCCGAGGAGAUGUCCCGGUUAUCAGCUCUGCUUGCUUGGAGCCGCCGUGAUGCGUUUCGGCUGCGUGAUCCGCCCGGACUUUCGCCAGGCGUUGGAAGGACUUCACACUAGAGUCGGCUUCUCUCGCAAUGCCCAAGUGCGACUCCGACACGCGCUCAACAUCUAUGUAGACGGCACACCCUACAACUUUCGCAACAAGUCUCGUCCGAUUGGCCUCGACUCAGACGAUGCCUUCGGCGAUCAUAUCUGGGGCGACAUCAGCGAAUGUAUGAUCGAUCUGGGCGACGACAUCGAACCAGCAGUGAAGAUGUUUUCAAGAUUGGUCUUUGGCCCUCUUUUGAAGUGUGCGGCUGCUGGCGACAAUGAGCACCCUCAAAAUGCUUGUGGUAACUGUGGCAAGAAGAAGGCGGCAGAUGGCUCGCCUUGUCGUCCCUGUUCGGACUGCGGCCAGCGACUCUACUGCAGUCGCAAAUGGUAUGAUUCCCAUGUCUGA